CCUAGCUCUUGUAACCUGGAAUCAUACGUUGAUGAUUCGAAGUUAUUCCUGUCUUUUCCGCUGAUAGAACUGGAUGAAGCUAUUGAAAAGCUGGAACAAGAUCUUCUCAGCGUAGCCCAGUGGUGCUGUGAGAAUCACUUGCUCAUAAACCCAGAUGUUAAACAGGCUACCACAGAAUCUCAACAUGUAAUUUCUCGUCGCGACAUGAAAACCUGUCGCCUCAGCCAAGGACUUGGGAGUCAUUUUAGAUCCUCACUUGACUUACGACCAUCAUAUUUUAAAAACAGUUUCUCCCUGCUUUUCUAAGCUAUAUUAAAUAAAUAGAGUUAAAGAAGGCUUUGACAAAGAGACACUUAAGCUAUUAAUUACAUCAUUCGUUUUUAAAGUCUCCAGAUUCCCUUAUCCGGCCAUGGAGAACAAGCCGCAGAAACUAAAGAAUAAAAGAGGCUAUAUACCCUCAAAACAGGCACGUGUCAGGAUGAAGGAAAAUAAGUAGGUCAAUAUAAUGAAGAGUUUUCAACAUCCUGGAAAACGCUUCAACAUCCUUUGCUUGCUUUUCUUAAAAAGACUAUAUGGUUUUUAAAACAACAUUUUCCUGAUCGUGCAUAGUUAACUUGCACAUUCUACAUCACCGCCUUCAUAAAUAUCAUAACAAUUUCUAAAUGAAAUGAAUAGUUGAUGCGGUGUAAAGCUUUUUUCUUCGUGGAGAAUUGAAUGAAAGAAGGAGAGGCAAAAAGACUCAAAUGAGACUCAGGUGAGAGUACACUUGAAUAAACUUUGAAACAUGUAUGAAUUUUAAUUCGUAUAUGAAGCGCUUUGAUAUUGGCGCCCCAGUUGAACCUUAUCUACAAAACAGUAAAGCGUGAACAACGAGUAUUACUAUUUGUAAUAUCGCCAACGUGAGACUUGUCAUAUUUCACUGGUGCAAGUGUUAUGAUGUUAUAUUAGCCAUACACACAGCCCCCACAAAUAUUUUUUAUUUUGCUUGCUCUAUUUUUUCCGGCGAUCUUGGAGUAACAGCAAACAUCUAAAUGAUCUAAAGUUAUUACAUUAAGAUAACGGCUUGCUCGGUAACUAUAGUGUUCAAACGCAGCUCUCGCGAGCAGGGCGAAAGAGUUGGUUCGCAGCAAAACUUUUUAAGGAGGGUGGGGAAGGGAGAAUUCCUUUCUCUCUCUUCUGCUCCAGCGCACAUGCCUCCAAGGGAACCGGGCCUGCCCAUGAGGUUCUUGUUUCUCGAGAGAGGGUUGUCUGGUAUUAUUAUACUCUGUCUCUCUCCGAUUGGCUUUAAUUUCCCGACCGAACCAUUCAUGACCAGCAAGCGCUGAUCUGAUUUGACGUCUAUGAGGGGAUAACAGCAAAUUUUCCACUACUGACGUCGCGCGAAGUAGCGGCGUGGGGCGGCAUUUUGACUCUGAUGUUCUGGCAGUGCAGAGUACGAAAAAAUGGCGGAUAUUUUUAACACGUUAUGUGCUGCACCUGUAGCAGGAGACUGCCAAGAGUACAAGAAUGCACUCCUGGUGCAAGUCAUCAAUGUAGGUGAACUUCAAUAG